AGGAAGCACCUGCUUCCAACAAGGAGGUGGAGAAAUGCUCUCAUGAAAACGUCCAACUGCAGUGGUUGGCACUGACACUUCUGCAGGAGGUCGGAUUGCUCUGAGAUUAUGCACAGGUUAUUUUGAUAAUCUUAUGGGGGAAACGUUUGCCUGAUGCUUUGUGGUUUUCCUUUUUCUUUUAUUUUCCAGGAGAGGCUAUGGUGUGAUCAAAAACCAGUCAGAGUAAAUUAUGGAUUGCCUUUGGGGUGGAGUGGUUGUUACAGUUUAUGAUAGACGUAGCUUUUCGCCUUUGUGUUUCAACAAUGAUGAUCUUUGCCUCUGCAUCUGUAUCGCAUUUUAAUGCACCACAAACUGUUGCCAGAGUUUCCUGCCCCUGGAUAGGCGAUGUGGUUUUAUCAGACAGCCUCGGACAGCGAUCAGGAGCGCAGGAGCUCUGAGAAGAUACUUCUGGACUCGGAUUUGCUAAGUCGGAAGAUAGGUACAGCUUUCUAAGAGAGCAGUGACAGAAAGGUGUAGACAGCGGCAUCAUCAGUGGUAAAAGUUGGACUGAAAGUGCACGUCCAGUAAGGAAACUGAUGCGCGUAAGAAGGGAUGCCAGCCAGGCGUGGCUUGUGUUUGAAUAUCCAAUGUGAGAAUGCGUGGGGAGUAUGUAUAUAAUAGAGUCUUUCCAUCUGAUAAACACAAAUAUCAAACUGAUGAUUAUAGCAAAGGACGAUAAACUGAAUUUAAACUGAAAGGACGCUGCUGAUUUGGAGGAGCACGGCGCGCUGGGUACGCUUUAUGCGUGCAUGGACCGGACUUGUGUAAACUUUUUUUCCCUCCUUGAGUCACCGUACAUUUUAAAUGCCUUCGCUUAAUUUGACAGCUGUGCACACAAUGGGAGAGGUCGGGAGUUUUCUGGGGACAAUCGACUUGGAUUUACAAAGCUUUCCUGCACUCGGGAAUAUGCCCUUACCGGAGUCUCCAGUGGGCUUGAAUGAGCGGCUGGGGCAGAUUGAAGGGAGGCUGCAGCGGGGGUCGCCGACAGAUUUCGGGCACCUCAAAGGGAUCCUGAGGCGGCGGCAGCUCUACUGCAGGACCGGCUUUCAGCUGGAGAUAUUCCCCAAUGGGACUGUGCAUGGAACAAGACAGGACCACAGCAGAUUUGGUAUCCUGGAGUUCAUCAGUCUGGCAGUGGGUCUGGUCAGCAUCAGAGGGGUGGAUGCUGGACUCUACCUCGGCAUGAAUGAGAAAGGAGAGCUCUAUGGGUCGAAGAAGCUGACAGCAGAAUGUGUGUUCAGGGAGCAGUUUGAGGAGAACUGGUACAACACCUACGCUUCAACUCUGUACAAGCACAACGACACGGGACGCUUCUACUACGUGGCAUUAAACAAGGACGGCUCGCCCAGGGAGGGCGGCAGAACUAAAAAACACCAGAAACUCACCCACUUCUUACCCAGGCCGGUGGAGAUUGAAAAGAUCCCUCAGGCAUACAGGGACGUAUUCCAGUACAGGUGACCAGCGCUUACGCUUGGAGAACUGAUUACAGUGGGAGGAACGGAAAUAAAAGAAGAGGAGAGAGGGGGUGUUGUGGAUAUUUUGGACCUGGUACAGAACUGUUUACCCUCAACUCCCCCUGAGGUCACAGUGUUUGCGCCUCAGCCCACUGCCAAGCACGUACGGCACUGACAUAAACAUUGUGCAUGUUCCUGGAUGUCGCUUCUUUGCCUCUGCAGUGGGCUUGGGACCUCAGAGAGGAAGGGGAACGUUAUCUUGUAAAACCACUGCGGACACGGACAGAGGAGGCCUGCAUGACUACCCAGCUGUGGGGCGAUCAGGACGAUCAAAUGAGGUGCCAUGUUUUCUAAAUAACCACUUUUUAAGGGUAAAUGCAUCAAUACUGAAGCAGCAUGCAACGAAAAGUCAAGUCGUGGCUCUGGAAAAAAAAUGAAUGGUUGACUAUGAGGACACCAAGAAGAGACUUUUAGGAGGUCCAAAUGACGGAAAGCACUGCAGAUGUUACAUUGUGCAUUUGUCACGCACUAUACACAGUCAUGGUAAAUGUAAGAAAGGGCACAUUCCACAAACACAGAGAUAGACAGGAGAAGACGAAGGGUCAUCAGUACACAAACUAUGUGCCACGUGCAGGUAAAGUGACAGGUUGGGAUAGUCAGGUACUAAAGAGUCUGUAAGGACAAUGUGAGGCAGAACUGGAGUUUUAUUAUGUUGUCUUGAAAAAGAUGAAAGAGGGGAAUAAAAUCUCUAAGAUGAACGUGUGAUAGAUGAAAGAGCACUUACUGCACAUCCCCAGUCCCAGUUGUAGGCUCACUUUGUCUCCUCAUCAGAGUCUAACGAUCUCAUUCAUCACAUCUGAAGAAAAUAUCAAGCAGCGUCUUGUAGGAAUUGUACGCAAAACAAGAGAUUAAGCUCGCGACAAAAGCACUUCUCUGACUGUGGUUGUAAAGAAUAAGUGAUGGGCUAAAAGGAUGGUGACUUGUAAUGUUCAGAGUGUCAGGAACAUUAUUAAAAAUGCAAGCAGCUGAGGUGUACAUAUGGGUGAUCCUAUUUAUGAGAUGUACAAUAUAUUUAUUUUCUACAUAUAAAGUAUAAAUAUAAAUCUAUAUAUUUAUUUAUUGCAAAGACUUUAUUUUGUAAUGAACUUGAAGUUAUCUGGACUGUAGAUUCUACUGAAAUGCCACAAAAAAAAAGAAUAACUGCAAUGAACAUGACAAUAAAAUUGUCCUGCUAUCGAGAACUCAUUGUGAGAGACUAUUUUUGCUUGGAUAAAAAUCUGAUGUACCAAUUAAAACCAGAU